UGAAGGUCGAAAUGAAAACAUUUGUGUACAUUACAUUUUGUGCGAGAAAAUAAAAAAACCUUCUAUUUCUGACAUUAUUUGUAGUGAAUGAUACGGGAAAUAUCGUUUGCCGAAGUGUCAUUUUGCUAGAUAAGCUUCAACUUGUAUGGUUAAACUCUCGAGUUUGUGUACAAAAUCGAAAAAACAACAACUUGAACUUGUAUUUGUUCGCGUGUAAAACACUUAAACCGGCUAGAGGCAUAUGACAAACAGGAAGAUAACGUUGUAUACAAAGAAAACACAUGAAAAACGAACUUUAUCGAGCCAGUAAACGAUGCCUUUAAGUGAAGCAACUUUUAUUUUGUGGAUUAUUGUUAAUCGUCCCAGAGUUAUUGGAAACUUGACUGUAAUAAUGCUCUGUAUGUGUUAUUGGUUAAAUCUAAGUGACAAUCAUCGACCUCUUUCGGAUGAAUAAUGUAAAAGUUAAGGACAUUUUCCUGAAAUGAAUUUCGCGUGAAUUGUGGUUCAAAUCAGUAGUGAUAUUUCCUAUACAUUUAUAAAUUAAUGACACCGUUUUAUGUCAAGUUUCGAUAUUUCUGCAAACCAUUCGAUAAACAUGGAUAGUGAGGAAGAAGAUUCAGAGCAAACACCACUUCUGAAUAAGAUGGGCUCCUCGGUAAAUUAUGCAUCCAAUUCCAUCCCACUGCUUCGUGAAGCCGACGCGCCACAAGAAGUUCGAGCUGGUGACGAGACCCACAGUCGUCAGCAUUGUUGGCUCAAGUUCUUCAUUCGCUUGCUGAUAUAUUCUCCGUUGAAAUUCAACAACGGCUCUCUAUGGAUCAGUCUGCCGCAUUUCUUGCUACUGCUGGCAUACGUCGCUAAACUUGCGCUGAUUACUAUUCUUGUAUUCAAGGUCGGUGAAUGUCGGGCCCGACUGAGCACGGUCGUGUUACACGGACAGACCGCAUUGAGGCAUAUCUUGCUGCUACACUGGGACGCCACCUAUGAAACACUUCCGUACCCACCGUCUAUUGGAGUUUUUGCCGCAUAUGAUAUAGAAGAUCUCAAAGGCAGAAUAAACUACAGUGUCGCUCAGUAUUACAACGCCGAUAAUAUAGCUACGGGCACAUUUCGCAGAACUUCUCAGGACAAUAUGAAACUUGUGAUAAAAUAUUUCGAAGUAACUGACGUCACGAAUCACAAAGAAUUGAAAUUUGUACCUAAGUAUGGUUUGACAAAUACAACUGUCGAAGGACAGCCAGUGUAUUCUUAUGACGUCAUGAAGGACUUAGAGCACGAGAAUGCUUCUGAUAUCAUGCAUAACAUCCUAACGAUCAACAUUAGUGCAAACUUGCAUUCAUUUCGGGUCCACCAGCCGGACGAUGGGGCUUGCUGCUUACAAAUAAAUUUAACGGUGCUUUUCAACGACAUUGACCAUGAUGGGCAGGUAGAAGUUAGAUUGGAAACGCAAACUGAACAAGUAUUAUGCAAAUCGAUGGGAAUCAAUGCAACAGAUGACCAAUGGUACAAAAGUGUUUCCCUGGAUCUGAUAAAAUCGACCCUCGCGUUUGCUAUAGUGAAUAUGUGUGUCGAUGUUGUCACAGUUAUCGGAAUUAUAGUCGCAUACGUUCGACUAUGUGGCGGGAUACAACUCACUGGCAGCACGAAAAGAAGGUUCAAUGAUCUGUCGUACCUUGGACGCUGGUGGAUCGUACCGUCUAUCACAGGAGACGCAUUCGCAAUUGCCGGGACUUUCAAUGUCAUCCAGGAAUUUACAAAACAGACAUUUGUGCAGCUACAGACGUUCGAUAAGAUGGCGGUGAACAUCGGUCUGGGGUGUUUGCUGGCCUGGAUCUGCGUGAUGCGAUACCUCAAAGUUCACGUCAAGGUCUCGUUGUUGUUCCACACCCUCUACUAUGCCAAAUGGAACGUCUUGGCCUUCUUGGUCUGCGCAUCCAUACUCUUUGUCGGCUACUUGUUUUGCGCCUACGUGGCUUUAGGCGUGUAUCACUUCAAGUUCCAAAACAUUGGGAUGUCGGCGGACGCGCUGUUCGCCUUGACCCAGGGUGAUGAUGUGUUCGCCACCUUCAGCGGCUUGAGCAAGGAUGCCGUCGGGGAUCCAGGAUAUGUGCAGACCAGUCUGCGCAUCCUCACUUACAGCUUCAUCAUCCUCUUCACGAUCAUCAUCCUGAACCUCCUUAUUGCCCUCUUCAACAGCGCCUAUGAAAUCAUCAUGAAAAAAGAAAACGGCGAGGUCUUAAAUAGCGACAUAACGAGAUUUGAGAGAGUGUUUUACCGGUACAUAAGCCAGCAAGAAAAUGGCCAUAUGAAGCAAACCUUGGAAGACUUGCUUCAACAGCCUGAUCAGGAGACCGAAGUAAAUCAAAUGUGUUCAAUAACCAGACAAAUGGGACUUGAGUAUCAAAACCUCAAGGCGAAAAUGGAGACAAUAUGCAUGUUUGAUUUUCUUAACGGCGACUGUAUGCUCGCCCAUUCUCAAGGAGUAACGCAUAGCAACAGCAAACGAUGUUUCGCCUGGUUUAUUGAUACAGUUACAUUCAGUUGCAUGCAAUUACGAUGCAGUGUUACGAAUUUUGUCUUCUUGAGGUUUUGGCUGGAAGACAACAAAUAACCACAAUUAAUAAUAAAAUCAUCCAAGUUUGGUAUUACUGAUAUUGAUUCAGGUCAAUUGAUGCUCGUUUGCUUCUACAAGUUUGGGCAAUCAAAACACACCAUGAAUUAAACUGCGUGAACCUCCUUGAAAACACUGAAGGCAAGGCCGUGAAUAUGUUUUUAAUUUUUCAAGAGCAAUACAGUUAAAUUUUCCUAUUUUAAUAUAGUGUACACAUAAAAGCCCACUAUCGCUGUGAAAGAGACUUUUGUAUAUUCCGGUACCCAUUAAAAUCAUGAUCUCAACUUUCUAGCUAAUGUAUCGUGUCGAUAUUUAAAUGGUUUUCUGAACGACAAUUCAUAUACGAUAUUUAACUAUUUUAAACCAUAGUUCCCCUUUCUGCAAUAUAUUGCAUUUUCAUUGACAUGUGAAACACACAGCUUUAUUAUAAAUUAUGAAGUUAAGUAAUUAAGUAAUAAAUAUGUAUAAUCGUGUCACAGUUUGCAUUACAAUGCAAUAAAGGUGAGCCUUUUUACAGACAGGUCCUUUUUAUAACAAUACAGGUUGUCACAUUUGAUUGCAUUUUGUUUGGCAUUACAAUGUAUUAUAUAUUUUAUAUACUUUAUAAUAUAUAUGUUGAAAACAUACCAGUAUGUAAUAAACAGUUUUUUCUUUAAGAAAUAAAGUUAGAUUGUUAUAAAUA